UUUUCUCACCAACACGAAGCAUUGAAGCAGCAAUGGGAAUCAUCAGUGGCAUCAGUGUUACUCCUCUACUUCUAUUACUUUCUGGUCUUUGUUUUCAGUUUUGCACUGCGACUGACACCAUUACAUCCACCCAGUUCAUCAAAGAUCCCGAAACUAUGGUCUCCAAUGGAAGUCUCUUCAAAAUGGGCUUCUUUAGCCCUGGCAAUUCCACUAAACGCUACUUCGGGAUCUGGUACAACUCCACUUCCCUAUUCACUGUUAUAUGGAUAGCUAACAGGGAAAACCCUCUCAAUGAUUCUUCAGGGAUUGUGAUGGUAUCUGAAGAUGGUAAUCUCCUGGUUCUAAAUGACCAGAAAGAGAUCUUCUGGUCAUCAAACGUUUCAAAUGCCGCACUAAAUUCAAGGGCCCAACUUUUAGAUUCUGGGAACCUUGUUUUGCAGGACAAAAACAGUGGAAGGAUCACAUGGCAGAGUUUCCAGCACCCUUCUCACGCCUUUUUGCAGAAAAUGGAGCUGAGUGAAAACAUGAAGACUGGUGAGAAGCAGGGACUAACAUCAUGGAAAAGUCCUUCGGAUCCAUCUGUUGGAAGCUUCUCAACUGGCAUUGAUCCAUCAGAUAUUCCUGAAAUUUUUGUCUGGAACGGCAGUCGGCCAUUCUGGCGUAGUGGUCCAUGGAAUGGUCAGACCUUAAUAGGAGUACCAGACAUGAAUUAUCUCAAUGGAUUUCAUAUAGUUAAUGAUAAAGAAGGUAAUGUUUCCGUCACUUUCGAGCAUGCAUAUGCAUCUAUCUUAUGGUACUAUGUCUUGUCUCCUCAAGGAACAAUAGUGGAAAUAUAUAGUGAUGACGGCAUGAAGAAUUGGGAGAUUACAUGGCAGAGUCGUAAAACUGAGUGUGAUGUCUAUGGAAAGUGUGGAGCAUUUGGAAUCUGUAAUGCAAAGAAUUCACCAAUUUGUAGCUGUCUAAGAGGGUAUGAGCCAAGGAAUAUAGAGAAAUGGAGUAGAGGAAAUUGGACUGGUGGAUGUGUGAGGAAGACACCAUUUCAAUGCGAGAAGAUAAAUGGUAGCAUGGAAGAGGGCGAAGCAGACGGAUUUAUUAGGCUAACAACUGUUAAAGUGCCGGAUUUUGCAGAGUGGUCGCUAGCUCUUGAAGAUGAUUGCAAAGAAUUUUGCUUGAAGAAUUGUUCCUGCAUUGCAUAUGCAUAUUAUACUGGCAUUGGUUGUAUGUCAUGGAGUAGGAACUUAACUGAUGUGCAAAAGUUCUCCAGCAAUGGGGCAGAUCUUUACAUUCGUGUUCCAUACUCAGAACUAGAUAAAAGUAGAGAUAUGAAAGUCACUGUUACUGUUACGGUCAUUAUAGGAACGAUUUUCGUUGCAGUCUUUAUAUAUUUCUCAAGAAGGUGGAUUACCAAACGAAGAGCAAAGAAUAAGAAACGCAAAGAGAUGCUAUCAUCAGACAGAGGAGAUGUGCAUCUAAACGUUUCAGAUGCAAACAUACUUGGAGACAGAAUGAACCAAGUUAAACUUGAAGAACUACCACUUGUUGAUUUUGGGAAGCUAGUGACCGCAACAAACAACUUUGAUGAGGCGAAUAAGCUUGGCCAGGGUGGUUUUGGUUCUGUAUACAGGGGAAGAUUGCCAGAAGGACAAGAAAUAGCAGUGAAAAGACUGUCAAGAGCAUCUGCACAAGGGCUAGAAGAAUUUAUGAAUGAGGUGGUAGUGAUUUCCAAACUCCAACACCGGAAUCUUGUUAGACUCCUUGGCUGCUGCAUUGAAGGAGAUGAAAAAAUGUUGAUCUAUGAAUACAUGCCAAAGAAAAGCUUGGAUGCCUUACUCUUUGAUCCUCUCAGACAAGAAACUCUAGAUUGGAAAAAACGCUUCAGCAUCAUUGAAGGGAUUGGUCGAGGUCUUCUUUACCUUCAUAGAGAUUCUAGAUUAAGGAUUAUACAUCGAGACCUAAAGGCAAGUAACAUUUUGUUGGAUGCAAACCUGAAUCCUAAAAUCUCAGAUUUUGGUAUGGCGAGGAUAUUUGGAGGCAAUCAGGAUCAGGCCAACACAAUAAGGGUGGUUGGAACAUAUGGCUAUAUGUCCCCUGAGUAUGCAAUGGAGGGGAGAUUUUCAGAAAAAUCUGAUGUAUUCAGCUUUGGGGUGUUAUUAUUAGAGAUUGUAAGUGGGAGAAGGAACAAUAGCUUUUAUCAUGAUGAGCAAUCCUUGAGCCUUUUGGGAUAUGCAUGGAAACUAUGGAACGAAGACAACAUGGAAGCACUAAUAGAUGGAAGUAUAUCAGAAGCAUGCUUUCAAGAUGAGAUAUUGAGAUGCAUACAUGUGGGACUGUUAUGUGUGCAAGAAUUGGCUAAAGAUAGGCCAUCCAUUUCAACUGUUGUUUCUAUGCUUUGUAGUGAAAUUGCACGUCUUCCUACACCAAAGAAACCUGCAUUUACUGAGAGACAGAUUUCCAAAGAUACAGAGUCCUUGGGACAGAGCCAAAAUAAUUGUUCUGUCGACAGAGCCAGUAUUACAAUCAUCCAAGCCCGGAGUGCAAUGACUUUGGAAAUAAGAGUGGAUGAUGACUCAGUGGAUAUGAGGAAAUUAAGAGAUGAGAUUUCAAUAGACCAAUAUGUUAAAUACCAUAUGGAGUCCACUUUCAAACCAACAAGCAGCAUUCAAGCAGUUAUGGCAAUCAUCUGCAACACUAGUGUAGUAUAUCUACUUCUCUUACUUUCUUGUUUUCGCUUUGAGUUUUGUGGCGCCUUAGACACCAUUACAUCUGUCAAGUUCAUCAAAGAUCCCCAAAGUAUAGUCUCCAAUAGAAGUGUCUUCAGACUGGGUUUCUUUAGCCCUGAUGGUUCAACUAAUCGCUAUGUUGGAAUCUGGUAUAACACCACUUCUUUAUUCACUGUCAUAUGGAUAGCUAAUAGAGACAAACCCCUCAAUGAUUCUUCUGGGAUUGUGAUGAUAUCUGAAGAUGGUAAUCUUCUGGUUCUGAACAGCAUGAAAGAGAUUUUCUGGUCAUCAAAUGUUUCAAGUGCAGCCCUAAAUUCAAGUGCUCAGCUUCUAGAUUCUGGAAACCUUGUUUUGCAAGAUAAAAACAGUGGGAGGAUCAUGUGGGAGAGUUUCCAACAUCCUUCUAACUCAUUUGUGCAAAACAUGAAACUUAGAAGCAACAUAAAAACAGGUGAGAAGCAACUACUAACAUCAUGGAAAAGUCCUUCAGAUCCAUCCAUCGGAAGCUUCUCUGCAGGAAUUUCUCCAUCAUACCUUCCUGAGUUAUGUAUCUGGAAUGGAAGUCAUCUAUACUGGCGCAGUGGUCCAUCGAAUGGUCAGACCUUUAUUGGAAUACCCAACAUGAAUUCAGUUUUUCUUUAUGGAUUUCAUCUAUUUAAUCAUCAAAGUGAUGUUUAUGCAACCUUCUCUCAUGAAUAUGCAUCUAUCCUGUGGUACUAUAUCUUGACUCCUCAAGGAACAUUAUUGGAAAUAAUUAAGGAUGGCAGCAUGGAUAAGUUGAAGGUUACAUGGCAGAACAAGAAAUCCAAGUGUGAUGUUUAUGGUAAGUGCGGGGCAUUUGGCAUCUGUAAUUCAAAGAAUUCACCAAUUUGUAGCUGUUUGAGAGGGUAUCAGCCAAAGUAUACAGAGGAAUGGAAUAGCGGGGAUUGGACUGGUGGAUGUGUGAAGAAGAAACCAUUGACAUGUGAGAAGAUGAAUGGUAGCAGGGAAGACGGCAAAGUGGAUGGAUUUAUUAGGCUAACAAACAUGAAAGUGCCAGAUUUUGCAGAGUGGUUACCUGGUCUUGAACAUGAAUGCAGAGAGUGGUGCUUGAAAAAUUGUUCCUGCAUGGCCUAUUCAUAUUAUACUGGCAUUGGGUGUAUGUCAUGGAGUGGCAACUUAAUUGAUGUACAAAAAUUCGGUAGCAGUGGGACGGAUCUUUAUAUUCGUGUUGCAUACUCUGAACUAGCUGAACAGAGACGCAUGAAAGUAAUUGUUGCUAUUGCAUUGAUUAUAGGAAUAAUUGCAAUUGCCAUUUCCAUCUGCACAUAUUUCUCAAGAAGGUGGAUUUCCAAACAAAGAGCAAAGAAGGAAACAAGGGAAGAGAUGCUAUCACUGUGUAGAGGGGAUAUAUAUCCAAUCUUUUCAGAUUCAGAAUUACUUGGAGACGAUGUGAACCAAGUUAAACUUGAAGAGCUACCACUUCUUGAUUUUGAGAAGCUAGUGAGUGCAACGAACAACUUCCACGAAGCCAAUAAGCUCGGGCAGGGUGGUUUUGGUUCAGUAUACAGGGGAAAAUUUCCAGGAGGACAAGAUAUAGCAGUAAAAAGACUGUCAAGAGCAUCUGCACAAGGGUUGGAAGAAUUUAUGAAUGAAGUGGUGCUGAUUUCUAAACUCCAACACCGGAACCUUGUGAGACUCCUCGGCUGCUGCUUUAAAGGAGAGGAAAAGAUAUUGAUCUAUGAAUACAUGCCCAAUAAAAGCUUGGAUGCCUUUCUCUUCGAUCCUCUCAAGAAAGAAUCUCUAAAUUGGAGGAAACGGUUUAGCAUUAUUGAAGGGAUUGGAAGAGGCCUCCUUUACCUUCACAGGGAUUCUAGAUUAAGAAUUAUUCAUCGAGAUCUAAAGGCAAGUAAUAUUUUGUUGGAUGAAGACUUGAAUCCUAAAAUUUCAGAUUUUGGUAUGGCCAGGAUUUUUGGACGAAAACAAGAUCAAGCCAAUACUGUAAGGGUGGUUGGAACAUAUGGGUAUAUGUCUCCUGAGUAUGCAAUUGAAGGGCGAUUUUCAGAAAAAUCCGAUGUAUUCAGCUUUGGUGUACUGUUAUUAGAGAUUGUAAGUGGGAGAAGGAACUCUAGUUUUUAUCACGAUGAGCAGUCUUUGAGCCUUUUGGGAUAUGCAUGGAAGCUAUGGAACGAAGACAACAUGGAAGCACUAAUAGAUGGAAGUAUAUCAGAAGCAUGCUUUCAAGAAGAGAUAUUGAGAUGCAUACAUGUGGGACUGUUAUGUGUUCAAGAGUUGGCAAAAGAUAGGCCAUCCAUUUCAACUGUUGUUCCAAUGCUUUGCAGUGAAAUUGCACAUCUCCCUCCCCCAAAGCAACCUGCAUUUACUGAGAGGCAGAUUGGUAAGGAUACAGAGUCCUCUCAACUGCGCCAAAGGAAGUAUUCUGUGGACAGAGCCACUAUUACAGUCAUUCAUGGCCGGUAGCAUGCAAUUUUGAGACAGUUAUUUAUUUAUUUAUGUAUUUUGUAAUAAACGUUCAACUGGAUGACUUCAGCGGAGGCUUCAAAAACAGACAAUUGUUUUAUGCCAUGGCCCUCAUAGAUAAGCAUCAUAUUUUGAAUAGGCAACCAAUAUCCAUAGCUUCAUCCAAAUUGAUAUAUUAUGAAAGAAGACUAGCUUUAUGCCUUGAUUAAA